CAGUGAGGGCCGCUCCUCCUAUGAAGCGGUUUUCGCCUCUUAACGCCGGUGGCGUCGGAGCUCACGCAGGGGCGGGUCCCGGUAGCGCCAGGCGGUGCAGGGCGGGAAGGGGAGUCGUGGCGGCCGCAGCGGCAGGGACAGCGGGGACAGCGGCGGCGGCGGCGGCAGGGACAGGGACAGCAGAAGCGGUGGUGUUGUCAGCGCGGCCCUCGGAGAAAUGGGAGAGCCGGGGUCGGAGAUAAUAGAAUCUGUCCCUCCAGCUGGCCCUGAGGCAUCUGAGUCAACAACGGAUGAAAAUGAGGACGACAUUCAGUUUGUCAGUGAAGGACUAUCGAGACCUGUUCUUGAAUACAUUGAUCUGGUCUGUGGUGAUGAUGAAAAGCCUACCACCUAUCAUAGUGGUAUUCUGUUUCCUAAAGCGCCAAAACGACAGGGUGAUUUUUUGCAUUUUUUAAAAGUGAAGAAGGUGAAAACAGACACAGAAAGUAAUGAAGUGAGCAAAAAUCAUUGCGGAUUAUCUAAGGCAAAGGAACCAGAUUUUGAGUAUAUUGAACAGCCAAUCGCUGAAGAAAAACCAUCAUGUUCAUCAAAGGAAGAAAUAGAUAAUCUUGUGCUUCCAGAUUGUUGGAAUGAAAAACAAGCAUUUAUGUUUACAGAACAGUACAAAUGGCUUGAAAUAAAAGAAGGUAAAUUAGGAUGUAAGGAUUGUUCAACAGUUCGGCAUUUAGGAUCAAAAGCAGAAAAGCAUGUUCAUGUGUCCAAGGAAUGGAUUGCAUAUUUAGUAACCCCUAAUGGCAGUAAUAAAACUACUAGACAAGCGUCUCUACGAAAAAAAAUUAGGGAACAUGAUGUUUCUAAAGCUCAUGGUAAAAUUCAGGAUUUGUUAAAGGAAUCAGCUAAUGAUUCAAUUUCUAAUUUAGUACAUAAACAAAACAAUAAAAACAUUGAUGCUACUAUAAAAGUUUUCAAUACUGUUUACAGUUUAGUAAAACAUAAUAGACCUUUAUCUGAUAUUGAGGGGGCAAUGGAAUUACAGGAAAAAAAUGGAGAGGUAAAUUGUUUAAAUACACGUUACAGUGCAACAAGAAUAGCAGAACAUAUUGCAAAAGAAAUGAAAAUGAAGAUAUUUACGAAUAUUAUAGAAGAGAAUGCCAAAAUCUGUAUCAUGAUUGAUGAGGCAUCUACAGUUUCAAAGAAAAGCACCCUAGUGAUUUAUCUCCAGUGCACAAUUCAGUCAGCUUCUGCACCUGUUAUGUUAUUUGUUGCUUUAAAAGAAUUGGUGUCAACUACAGCAGAGUAUAUUUUCAAUACAUUAUUGUCUACUUUAAAUGAUUGUGGUUUUACAAAUGAUUAUUUGAAAGCAAAUCUAAUUGCAUUUUGUUCUGAUGGUGCUAAUACAAUUCUGGGAAGAAAGUCUGGAGUAACUACAAAAUUGUUAGAAAAUUUUCCUGAAAUCAUCAUUUGGAACUGUUUAAAUCAUCGAUUGCAAUUGUCACUUGAUGAUUCUAUAUCUGAAAUAAAACAAAUUAAUCAUUUAAAAAUAUUUCUUGAUAAAAUUUAUUCUAUUUAUCAUCAACCUAAUAAAAAUCAAACCAAGCUUCUAGGAACUGUAACUAAAGAACUUGAAACGGAAAUUAUUAAAAUUGGUCGGGUUAUGGGACCAAAAUGGGCAGCAUGUAGUUUACAAGCUGCUACUGCUGUAUGGCAUGCAUAUCCUGUAUUAUAUGUGCAUUUUUCUCAUUCUUACUCUGGUUUGGCAAAGAGAUUAGCUAACAUUAAUUUCUUACAAGAUCUUGGUUUAAUGAUUGACAUCCUUGAAGAAUUUUCAGUACUUUCAACUGCAUUACAGUCAAGAUCAACUAAUAUUCAGAAAGCACAAAAAUUGAUCAAAUGUACCAUAAGAGCUUUGGAAAACUUAAAAAUUCAUACUGGAAAGUACGAAUCUCAAAUUGAAGAUUUAGUCAAGUCAGAUAAGUUUAAAGAUAUUCCAUUUAAUAAAAACAAUAAAUUUAAUGCUCUUCCUAGGAAUAUCUUACUAGACAAUAUAAUUCAGCACAUGAACCUACGCCUUUUAUCUGAGCAAAACCAUGAUGAAAAUAUUUUUAAUUACUUUGAUUUGCUAGAACCUUCUACAUGGCCUUAUGAAGAAAUAACUUCACCAUGGAUAGCUGGUGAAAAAAAAUUAUUUCAUUUGUGUGAAAUUUUAAAAUAUGAAGUUGAUUUGAAUGAUUUUCGGGAAUUUGUAAACAACAAUAUAAAAUCAAACAAUGUUUCAAUUCCUCCAACUAUACAAAAAGCUAGAAAGAUAGUUAGCACCAUUGCAAUCAAUAGUGCUGAAGCUGAAAGAGGUUUCAAUUUAAUGAACAUAAUUUGUACAAGGGUGAGAAAUAGUUUAACAAUAGAUCAUGUAUCAGAUUUAAUGACAAUAAAUUUAUUGGGGAAGGAAUUAGCAGAUUGGGAUGCAACACCAUAUGUAAAAUCUUGGUCAAAUUGCAACCACAGGUUGGCCACAGAUACAAGAGUUCGGCAAAAGUCAACAAAAGUCUUCCAUGAGAAUCAAUUGGCUAUAUGGAACUUACAAUAGAAUAUUGUAUGUGUUUUUUAUCAUCUGUAAAUUAUGUACUAUACAUCCUUUAUAUAUAUAAAGGGUUUUUUUGUUGUUUUGGAAAACCAGUUAAACUUUUAUCAGCAUGUUGCUGUUUAAAAGGCGUUUAGCGAGAUAACCUUGAAGACUGGUUUUAGGAGCUAUAGUUUUUUAGAUUGGCCCAUGUUUGCUGGAGUGGGUCAUAAUACAUAUUCCAUGAAGUUCUGUACAGAACAAACACCAUGUAUAAUUUUGUACUGUUUAAGUAAGGAUGCAAAAAAAAAAAAACAACUCAGGUCCUGGAGGUUACAUCAAAUAAAAGAGAAAUGGAAUCAAAACUGUAAGCCUUUUGGCUCUUUUCUCAUUUCCAUAUCUGUGCUAUCUAGUAUGAUAGUCACUAGCUACAUGUGGCUAAUCAGCUCAGUAGGACUAAAAGUAAAAUUUUAAUUUACUUAAUUUUACUUAAAUGUAAAAACUGAAACAAUGUAAAAUAUUUUUUUGCUUAGCUUUACUGUCUUUCAGGAAUACAUUUUACUCUGUUACCUUGCAUAAGGUUUGGUUUUUGUAGUGUGCCUGUCAAACUUGUGUGUCAUUUCCAGUAUUGAAUAUAAACACACUGCUGAUAGAUAUGAUACUGCUGUCAGCAGAUGGAUUCAGUGCAAAUUAUUUUUUCUACGAAUUGAUGUAACAUCAUGUUUAUCUUAACAUUUUAUGCAGACAACAGGAAUUACAGUGAUUCCUGUGUAAAUUGUAACUGGCAAUUGAAAUACUUAUUUUAAUCAUGAUUAAAUUAUUUUUCUAGUUUA